AUGAAGCAGGUAGGCGAUGACGAAGGUGAAACGCCAGAGGAGACACGGAAAAGGAUUAAAGAAGAAAUCGAGUUGAAGCAGGACAACAAACAACUUCAAGAAGACUUAAAAAGGGAGAAGAAGAGAAGGUUGUCCAUUGAAGAAAGCAAAAGGGAUUUGCUUGAUGAGCUUAACAGCUUGAUGAGAGAGAAGGAACUUCUCCUUAAACAACAGAGUGAUGACAAAGAAAACGGAAAACUAUUAGAAGAUAUGAUCAGCUUAAGGAAGAAGCUCGGAGAAUUCGACACAGAAAACAAACGUUUAAAGAAAGAAGUUAAGGAACUAAAAGAAGCAUUAAGCGAGGUAAUUGUCACUCACGAUGAAGAAAAAGAGAGAGUGUUGGAAGAGUGUGAAAACGAGAAGUCAGAGAUGAUGGAAGAGCUGGUGGCCUCUAAACGUGAGCUCGAGUCCCAGCUUCAAGAGUUGUUUGCCAUGAAUGAUGAUCUUAAAGGAACUAUUAGCAACCUUCAAGAGGAACUGAAGGAAUCAAGUGAAAGGUUCUCCACAGAAAUUGAUGUUCCAAACGAAAAUAUCGAAAGUGGAACCUCAAAAGGUAUCAGUCACGAGGACAAUGGCUUGUUAUCACAAACAUUAAAACAAGAAGGGGGAGAUCAGGAAGCAAAACAAGGAAAGAGUCCAUCAACGGAGUUCCAAAAUCUCGCAGAACAAUGGAAGACAGAAAGAGAUGAACUGCAAGAAAUGUUCAAGGUAGAAAAAGAAAGGCUACAAAAAACGUUUGAUGAUGAAUUGAAGAGAAAACUAGCUGAAAAUGACGAGCAACACAAACAGAGAAAUGAAGAAAUGGCAACGGAAAUAAAUCGAAAGUUUUCUAUAGAGAAAAAGGAAAUAAAGGCGUCUGUUGAGAAGAAGAUAUAC